UGUCACGGGGAGAGGACGCCAAGGUAAACAUGCUCAUUCUCAUGUCGGACACCGGCGGGGGGCACCGUGCGUCGGCCCAGGCCCUUGAGGCAGCCCUGGAGGAGAUGUAUCCCGGGCGCAUCGCCGUGACAAUGGUGGACAUCUUCACGGAGCACAGCCGCUGGCCGUACAGCGCAAGCGUUCCCGCGUAUCAGUACGCAGCGAAGAACCCGUUGGUGUGGCGAGCGAUGUACGAGUACGCCCGCUUCCCGCCGACGCGAUACCUCAACGGCAAGAUGCUCUCCUUCCAGAACUUCGGGCGGUUCAAGGAGGCCAUGCAGCGGUACUCUCCGGACUUCGUCGUGUCCGUGCACCCGUUGUGCCAGGACCUGCCCCUCAAGGUCUUGAACGCCAUGGGUCCACAGAGAACGUGAGAUGCUUUUUCGGUCGCGUUCCAUCGGUUGAUGGACAACGUGAAUUUUGACUUUUUUUUGUUUGUUUAAGCGCUGUUGCGGCCCACAGACAUGGUGAGUUUUGCCUGAUUUGACUCUGUUUGCCGGUUUCGUUUCGCUUUGUAGUCGGAGGGGUGGAUCCGCGGUACGGGGCGGCGGUUGAAAAGGUACCGCUGGGCCACACGUGGCGCUGACGAAAUUGCGCGGCACAAGAGAAAACGCGCACACUAAAUGAACACCGCCACACGUUGUUCCCCCCCGCUUGUGUGUGAGUGGACGGCACCUGCCGGUUGAGACGAUCCCCGUCGCAAGCCAACAAUGAAAGAUUCCAAUCUAAUCCAAUCCAAUCCAAUCCUGUAAUGGGGGGAAAGAGACGGAAGUACGGGUAUGCACAACGGAUGUAGGCACUACAGACCGUGCGUUGGUGUGGACAGCCCUACAACAGACGAGAGUCAUACAGAGUAGGCGACGCAGGAAAAUGUACAGAUGGAGAAUAGAUAAGCUAGAAGUAGAAGAAACGAGGGUAGAGUUCCAAGAAGAGAUGGCUGUAAACGACAAGAAACUCUCGGAGUUGAUCGAGGUAAUGGGCACACCGAAGAAUGCCAAAGGUCGGGACCAGGCCGGAUCUAGAAUCAUAGAAGGGUGGGAAAAGCUGGUAAACACAACAAGUAGAGUUCUCGGUAGAAAGUUGAUAGUUUGUAAGAGAGUUGUGAAGUGGUGGGACGAAGAAAUCAAGCAAGCAAUUCGAGUACGUAGAGAUUCACACGCAAAAUAUGCGGCAGGGAAAACCGAUGCAGGAUGGAAGGAGUAUUUUGAAAAUAGAAAGAGGGUGAAGGAGUUGGUGAAGAAGAAAGCGUUGUGGGAGGAAGUAGACCAAAAGACUAACGAAGACUUUGAGGGGGGGAUGAAGCAAAUGUGGGUAGGAAUUCAAGGAAUUAAUAGUGGGCAAGAAAAGAGGGGGAGACACGGGAAUAGCGACACUACGAUCUGCCGAGGGUAAGAUGGUAAGCAGUUCUAAAGGAAGGCGGGAAGUACUAGUAGAGCACUACCGCAAACUUGGGACAUCCACCACCAACGACAAGUUCGACUCGGAGUUUGAGGAGGAAAUCAACUCGUGGGCAGAGGAAAACGUUGAAUCUCGGAGGGAAUGUAGUGAUGUAGGCGGGUUGCAGGGAGAGUUCACACGAGAAGAGGUAGAGGACUGUGUAGCGAAACUCAAGAAUAGAAAAGCGGCAGGGGCUGAUGGAAUUGUGAAUAAGCUUUUGAAACAGGGGGGGG